AAUUCCCAUUGCAGCCCAACCAAUCUCAACUGCUCUGCGCAAGUUCUGCUUUUUGUUGCAAAUUAUGCAACAAAUGAUUCAGGCGGCACAAUGUUCGCCUUCAGUAAACCUGAUAUCCCCACGUAGAUCCAAAGGAGAAAACACGAGGGCUUAAACCUGAGCUGAAAGCUGUCAGUAUGGCGCUUGGGCUUUUCCUCGUCUUCUUAUCUAUUCCGCUCGUCACCUCUCAGAGCUGCUCGCAAGGUGUACACGGAAUCCCAGGGGUCCCUGGCCCAGACGGUCCAGAUGGAAGAGAUGGAGAGAAAGGAGAGAUGGGGCUCCCAGGCACAUAUGAAGGCUGGAACAUAGAAGUUCAUGUCGGUGAUCCAGGGUUGCCUGGUAAUCCCGGGAAAGUUGGUCCAAAAGGUCCAGUUGGAGAUAAGGGUAUCCCUGGCCCACAAGGUCAAAAAGGUAUUAUGGGGGAUUCUGGAGAAUACAUGAAGACUUCUCUGUCCGCCUUUUCAGUACUGAGACAGUCUACAAUAUUCCCCCGGAAGGAACAAGCUAUCCGAUUUGACAAAAUUGCAGCCAGUGCCGGAAGCUAUUACGACACACGAGUUGGAAAGUUUCAAUGUCAGAUACCGGGCAUCUAUUAUUUUACUUAUCACGCUAGCUCCAGGGGGAACCUCUGUUUAAACAUCUUAAAGGGGAAAGGGAAAGGUACCAGAGUGGUGGGAUUCUGUGACCAGGUACACAACGCCUACCAGGUGACCACUGGUGGUGUGGUGCUACAGUUGAAGAAGGAUGAGUCUGUUUGGUUGGAGCCGACCGACAAGAAUUCUUUGCUGGGAACGGAGGGGGCAGAUUCUGUAUUUACUGGGUUCCUACUUUUUUCUGAUGCUUGAUAUUAUCUAUGACUUUUCAAAACUACAUCAUCGCUCAAGCCAGGGGUCCCGGGAACACAUUUUAUAAAUAAAAAUAUUAACAGGUUCUGGAACUAGGUCAAUAGUAUGUACCCACCUCUAAUCCUUCAACUAUCAUAAUCUACCUUCUGUACAUGUAUCACGGAUAACCCUAGAUAAUGCCAAUAAAAGUACGCAGUUUUACUAUAUUUUGUUUAACUUAACUU